CUCAAGAUUGCUACAGUGAUUCCUAACAAUGAGGCAUAUCUACUUACUCUCAGCUGUGUCUUUCCUCCUGCAUAUCAGUGGCUAUGUUUGUGUGGAAAUAAUUGGAGGCAAGGAGGCUGUUCCUCACUCUAGACCUUACAUGGUUUUUCUGAAGGAUGGAGACAGAGCAUGUGGAGGGGCCCUUAUUAAGGCCAACUGGGUGAUAACUGCUGCUCAUUGUAUCUUUGGAAAUUCGACAAAGGCUGUCCUGGGUGCUCACUCACUGACUGUCAAUACAAACCAGCAGCAGAUAAUCAAAGUUAGACGUGCUAUUAAACACCCUUGUUUUGACUGGGAAACAAAGAUAAAUGACCUUCAACUGUUACAGCUGGAGAAACCUGCCAAGUUAAAUAAGUUUGUGUCAAUCCUGCCACUACCAAAUCAAGAAGAGAAUGUGAAGCCCAAAGCCCAGUGCAGCACUGCAGGGUGGGGGGUCACUGACCCAAAAAACAAGAAACUAUCUGAUGUCCUACGUGAGGUUAAUCUGACCAUUGUAGACAAUAAAGUCUGCAGCAAAGCUUACAGUACGGCUAAGCCAAAAGAGACAAUAAUCAGCAGUAUGAUAUGCGCAGGACCACUUAAAAAGCGUAAAGAUGACACUUGCCAGGGUGACUCUGGUGGGCCAUUGAUCUGUGACAAAAAGUUCACAGGCAUUGUCUCAUUUGGGCCUCAGAAUAAAUGUGGAGAUCCCAAAUUCCCUGGAGUCUACACUCGGCUGACAAGCAAGUAUCUGACCUGGGUCAGAGAUACCACCCGAGGAGCUACAUUCUAACUCGAAUAGUAUACAGAU